GAGAGUGGAGAGUCAACAGCACAGAAACAGAGAGAGACGGACAACUACACCGACAGGGUGAAAGAGUUACAGAGAGAGGGGAAAAAGGGAAACUGUUGCUCACACUCUCAGCUGAAGUUUUAAGGAGGGCAGGUUUUUUUUGCAGAAAGCCUUUUUUCUUCUCUUUUCAGUGCAAGUUCCUUUUUUUUCCCUGGAGUGAGUGGGAGUGCUGUUCUUUGUGGGUCUGGGGGAGAGGAAAGGGAGGGCUGUGCUCCAUGAGAGACCACAGAACCAGCAGCAGGAGUGCUGAAUCCCGUGGAGGAGGAGGAGGAGGGAGAACUCUGAAGGAUAUAAUGCAAGUGGAUGCUGCCAUAUCCAGUGUCAGAUUUCACAAAAUGAGAGUCCAGUGGAAAGGCACUUCUGGAGGGCUCAUCCACCAUAGCAAGGAUGCCAGCUGCUAGCACGAUGACUGGUGGAAGGGCUCUUCUGCUCUGCACGAACACUGACAACUGCAUUUACCAAUCUGUCAACGGGCUCCAGUGCUGCGGGUUGAAGCUCGGGGAGGCUCCAAGUGCUGUGCCCCAGCAGCCAGAGCUGUGUGGGGACGCGGAAGGCGACAGGGCCAGUGCGGCGCGGCUCACGGCCCCGUACGACCGCGGCGACAGCCCGCGGGGCGACGACAUGCUCGCCCACAAGCGCUCCGGCAGCAUCGACACCCACGCCGAGAACGGCCUCGCCGGCUGCAGCGGCAAGCUCUCCAAAACCCCCAUGGCUGUCAGAAGCAGCGCCAGCAUCCGAGACAAGAUCUCCCAGUGGGAGGGCAAGACCGAGUCCGCCGCCGGGCCCUGUCCAGCGGCAGCAGCGGCAGCUGGACAGAGAGAGGCCGAUGGCAUGAGGAAGAAGGACAUCAAAAGCACCGAGAUUCAGAGGCGAGACAGUAGGAGGCUCGUCAGCUGGGAGAGACAGGACUCUGGCAAGGAGAACGGAGGAAAAAACAGUGACUCAAGGCCCAUGUCUCCCGAAGGCUUCGCUAGGGACCGGGAAAGCGUACUGGACAAGGGACUUCGUGGUAAAAUGCCGGAGACUGUCCAAGAUAAAAAAUCAGUUUCGACUCACAUUAAGAAACUGGAGCAGGCCAUGAAAGAGACGCCAAGCAAGCCCACCAUAGCGUUCCCUGGGAACUAUUUCUGCCCUCCUUCCAAGGAGGAGCAGGAGGAGGCGGAGAGGAAGGGGGUGGAGCCUAUUUUCGGGACACUGGAUGAAGCUCGACCCUCGAGUCGCAAUCGCCGAGGUCGCGAUGGAGACCCAGAGAACGUUUACACGGAGCCUGGGGUACCAUCCAUCAACCCCGUACCCAAACCCCAACGCACCUUCCAGCACCACACACCCCCGCCGGGCGCCCUAAUGUCCGCUGGAGGGUCGAUGAAAAGCAGACGCAACCUACCCCCUCUACCCUCAAUACCCCCACCACCACUGCCCACUUGCCCCCCACCUGGUGUCUGCAGAAGGCCCUGGGCAGACAGGCCUCGGGAUAGCAGCAACAGGAAGUCUUAUGAGUUCGAGGACCUGAUGCAGUCGUCCACCGAGAGCUGUCGGGUGGACUGGUAUGCCCAGGCCAAGCUGACCCUUACACGCACUUUAUCGGAGGAGAACGUCUACGAGGAUAUCCUAGAUCCUCCAUCAAAAGAAAACCCUUAUGAAGAUAUUGAAUUGGAGAGCCGUUGCCUUGGAAACAAAUGUCCCUUGCCUGUGUCACCCUCCUCCUCAAUUCCAGACACACCAUCUAAGCUCACCUCUAAGCCUGGAUUCUUCAGGCAGAACUCAGAGCGUCGCAGCUUCAAACUGCUGGAACUGCGUAAGACCAAUCGUGACGGGGGCAUUGCGUCACCCUCGCGCAUCAGCCCCCCGUCCACCCCCAGCAGCCCCGACGACACCCCCUGCCUCUCCGGAGACCCUUACAACCGCAGACGCAGGAAAAUCCCAAAGAUGGUGCUGAAGAUCAACGGCAUGUUUGAGGCGAGGAGAGGGAAGAAGAGGAUGAAGCGUGUCUCCCAGUCCACAGAGGCCAGCUCAGGGAGAGUGACUGAUGAGAACAGCGAAUCGGAAAGUGACACUGAGGAGAAACUGAAAGCCCACAGCCAGCGUUUGGUGUCGGUCCAGUCCAUGCUAAAACAGACGGGCCGAUACCGCACCCUUGAGCGAGACCUUAUGGACCUACAAGAGAGGAAGCUCUUUGAGUACUUCCUGGUGGUUGCGCUUCAUAAGAUGAAGGCCGGGGCACCUUACCUGCCGGAGGUGACCCAGCAGUUUCCGCUGAAGCUGGAGAGGAGUUUUAAAUUCAUGAGAGAAGCCGAGGAUCAGCUGAAGGUCAUCCCCCAGUUCUGCUUCCCUGAUGCUAAGGACUGGAUACCUGUUGACCACUUUCCCAGUGAGACCUUCUCGUUUGUCCUGACGGGUGAGGAUGGAAGUCGAAGAUUUGGUUACUGCCGCCGUUUGCUGCCCAGCGGCAAAGGAAGGCGCCUGCCCGAAGUCUACUGCAUCGUGAGCCGGCUGGGCUGUUUUGACCUCUUCUCUAAGAUCCUUGAUGAGGUGGAAAAGAGGAGAGCCAUUUCUCCAGCCCUGGUGCAGCCGUUCAUGAGAGGCAUCAUGGAGGCUCCUUUCCCAGCCCCGGGGAGAACCAUCACUGUGAAGAACUUUCUUCCAGGGUCAGGCACAGAGGUGAUUGAGCUGUGUCGGCCGGCAGACUCCCGCCUGGAGCACGUGGACUUCGAGUGCCUCUUCUCCUCCCUGAGUCUGCGCCUCCUGCUACGAGUCUUCGCCUCCCUCCUGCUGGAGCGUCGGGUCAUCUUCACUGCAGACAAGCUCAGUACGCUGUCUCAGUGCUGCCACGCGGUGGUGGUCCUCCUCUACCCCUUCACCUGGCAGCACACCUACAUUCCAGUGCUCCCCCCUGCUAUGAUGGACAUUGUGUGCACACCUACGCCUUUCAUUGUGGGCCUGCUGUCCAGCUCCCUGCCUCGUCUGAAAGAGCUGCCCAUUGAAGAGGUUCUGGUAGUCGACCUUGGCAACAGCCGUUUCCUCAGACAGUUGGAUGAUGAGGAGUCUAUUCUGCCUCACAAACUUCAAGCAGCUCUAGAACACGUUCUGGAGAAGAGGAAGGAACUGGCUAGUGACAAAGGAGACCUUCCCAAUGAGUCCAGCUCCUUGAGCACUGUGGUGUCCGAGGCCUUUGUGCGCUUCUUCGUGGAGAUAGUGGGCCACUACCCACUCUUCAUGGGCGGCGGGGAGCGUGAGGACGACUCGGCCUGCUCCUCCUCCCCGUCUCCCACCCCGUCCUCCUUCCAGCGCGAGGCCUUCCGCAAGGCGGUCACCUCCAAGAGCCUGCGGCGCUUCCUGGAGGUGUUCAUGGAGACGCAGAUGUUUGCUGGCUUUGUGCAGGAGAGGGAGCAUCGUCGGCAAGGCAUGAAAGGUUUGUUUGAAGUUCGGGCUCAAGACUACCUGGACUCAUUGCCAGGAAUCGAGAACCGUGGAGUCAAUAAGUUCCUAAAAGGUUUAGGAAAUAAAAUGAAAUUCCUCUCCAAGAAAUGAUGAGCGCACCCCUAUUCAGGAGAGGUCAAGAAGAAUGGAUGUACUUUUAUCAGCUUGUUGGACCAAACGCUCCCCAGAGUGGUGUGACCAGGGCGUCAGUUCCAGAAGUUGCGGAGCAUCACUGAGAUAGGGAGGAAACAAUACAAUGAUGUGGCACAAAACCAAGAAAGUCCGCAGAAAAGAUGGAAUACAACGCUCUGGCCAAGACAAAGAAAAAUGUCCAAUAAAUCCAAUAUCCUCUCUUGCCCAUUACACAUACACUGGCUGGUGGGCAAUGAGCAAGCAAGAAACAGGAUCCCAGUGCACAAGUCAUUCACAGUGCCAUGCCAUGACCUGCCGUCUCUGCUCUAUGUAGAGCCUAAAACCCCAUCCCUGAAUCCCCAAAACACCAGGACUCGCUUAAAAUGUUAGCCAUGUAGCCAAAGGAGAAAUUGCCUUUGUACAGUUCUCUUUCUCACAUCACGUCCAUAGUUUUGAACUCUUUCAAAAAUAGAGUACAACUUCUUUUAACACAGGAGACUUUAAAUUUAAUUUAUAUACUUUUAGACAAAUGCUAUGCCUUAGUUUUGAAAGAAUCCCCUUUACUGAAAGAAUAAAUGAAGUAGUUUUUCAUAACAUGUUAUUUAUCAUGGUGCGAUUCAUGUGAGGUUAUAAGAAAAUCUGUGCAUAGACUUGACAUGGGAAUGUGACUACGAAAUGGGGAGGUAACAAUCAGCAAAGAUACGUGGAUCACAAAAGUCACAGGAUUUUCUCUGUAGAGACUCUGAAAAGAAGAGAGAUUUGUAGAGAAUCAGAACCAAAUCUGAGGAGAGACUUGAUUUUGUUGACUCAGCCUACUGUUGUUCAAAAUAUUUUCAAAAACACCACUAGAUCUACUUAAACUUGAUUGAAAAGAAUGCAAUGAAAGUGUAAAUCAAAUAAAUUGAUUUUCCAUUUAAACCAA